UGAGAAAACACUUGAACGUUUACACACAUUUAUCAAAAACAAAAAGCUCCAACAAUCUCUUUGUUUUACAGAGCGGCUAAGACCAUUCACUUCUUUGGUUAGCUCUAGAGAUCGACUCAAAUCUCUCAUGGAGAGAAAAGCGAGGGAAGAAAGGAAAAACGGAGAUGGUGGUCUUGAAAAGAUGAUGCUUCAGCAGUUCAAGCCAAGAGAGACUCAGGUAAGUGAAGAAGUGAGUAGAGAUGUAACUGGUGAGGUUAGUCUUGAGUCGUUGGAUCAAACCGCUGCUGAAGAAACGGAUCAUAUGGCUGCGGUCUCCACUGAAAUCAAUGAAGAUAUCAUCGUGAGGGACGAUAAAACAUCAAAGAAAAGAAAAGAUCCUUUUGAAGGUAUGGAGAGCACGAGUAGAACGGGAAAGCCUGUUAUAGUCUUUGGAGACAACUCAAAGGUAUCAAAGUCAAUGCAAAGGGAAAGAGAAAGAGGAAGCAACAACAAUAGUAAGAAGCAGAGAUCCACAUACAACCAUUAUGCAAAUGGUUCAGGAUGGUGGGACUGUGAUAUGGAAGGUGUUGAUUCAGAAGAAGUGGGACAUAGUGAAGUGUGGGAAGGAGUUGGCUCAACAACAUUCGGAGAUAUAGUUGAUUGGCACUAAUAAGUCACAACCGGGUUAGAUGAAAACCUGAAUGUUAAGAGAAGAGUAUGAUGGUGUGUAUCAAAAGUUGUUGGAACAUCCAUUUUCGUUUUUAGUAUGAGAAACUUAAAAGUCUGUCUUUUAGAUUGUAGAAGUCAGGUUAUAAACUUAAUUUUAUUAA